AUGAAACUCUCCGGAAGAAUCAACCCCAAGAACAUCUUCAGAUCCAAAAAACGCAGCACAGUGUCCAGAUCGGAGUCAUCGUCUUUCAGUUCCUCCAUUACCACGACGUCAGGCUCCCCGGAGCCCAGCCGUCACCACAAGUCAAAAUCAAACGGCCUUGCGACACCAACCAGCGUCUUAACGACCCACUCACAUGAAAUAUCAUCCGACGAGUGGUCGGAGAUCUCAGCCGAUAUACAGUUUGAGCUUGUACAGGCGUUCCGGAUCAUGGACACUGACGGCGACGGAAGGAUAACAAGAGCGGAGUUGGAGGCUCUGUUGAGCCGGAUCGGAGGUGCCGAGCCUGUUACACCGGAGGAACUUAGCCUCAUGCUUAACGAAGUCGACAGAGACGGUGACGGAAGCAUUAGUCUUGAGGAGUUCGGCGUUAUAAGCUCUGCGUUCGGACCACCGUCGUGUGACGACGAGUUGAGAGGUGCUUUUGGGUUUUUUGACACGGAUCACGACGGGAUGAUCACGGCGGAUGAGUUGUUUGCGGUGUUUAAGUCGAUCGGAGACGGACAGUGCACAUUAGAGGAUUGCAGGCGUAUGAUAAGUAGCGUGGACAAGAAUGGAGAUGGAUUCGUCUGCUUCGAGGAUUUCACGCGUAUGAUGGAGCAACAAAGAUAG